CCCAUCAACAAAUCUUCUUCUUUCUCUCUGUCUGUCUCUUUUACUCGUUUUACUUCUCACAGUCUCUGGUCGGCAACAGGAAGCUUCACGCGUAUCUCCACUCUCUCUCUCUCUCUCUCGUUAUAAGCUUCUCACUCUUCAUAACCCAACUUUCUGAACAGUAAACCCACUUUUCUUAUCUUCUCUUUUUCUCUCUCAAAUUUCCCGAGAAAAUUUCACUCCUGGUACUCUUGUUUCUGGGUCUUCUUUUGUUUCUAUGGUCCUUCAAUCCGAGGGGAGGUGAUCGAAAAAGUUUCUCUGUCGUUUUUGGUUAAUUUCUUGUAGUUUUUGAGAGGUGUAUCUGAAUUGCAAACUUCGAUUCCGUACAUUUACUUGGAUUUCUUGCUCUGUUUUCUUGGUGGGAGGAUUUGAAGUCAGAGAUUUGUUGUUUUCUGAUGGGGUUUGUUUUGCUUGCGUAAAUUCUGUUCCAGAUAAAGAGAAAAAUACCAAAGCAAGAACGGAGGUUUUUAUGCCAAAAACUAAACAAUGAUAACCAUAAUGGAUUCCAUUAAAGACCCAAUGAGGAAAAACUCAGAGAACUUGUUAGAUCCUCAACUAUGGCAUGCCUGUGCUGGUAGCAUGGUCCAAAUUCCACCAUUGAACUCCAAGGUAUUUUAUUUUCCUCAGGGUCACUCUGAAAACGCCCAUGGGAUUGUGGAUUUGAGGCAUGUCCGAAUUCCACCCUUAAUCCUAUGCCGUGUAUCAGCCAUUAAGUACAUGGCUGAUACUGAGACUGAUGAGGUUUAUGCGAAAAUCAGAUUGGUGCCUCUCAGAGAAACUGGUUUUGGCUAUAUUGGUGAUGAUCACGAUGUGUUUGAUGGAAGUACUGGGGUUGAUAGUUCUGAUAAACCUGUCUCAUUUGCCAAGACUUUAACUCAAUCUGAUGCUAACAAUGGUGGGGGAUUCUCUGUCCCGCGCUACUGUGCGGAGACUAUAUUCCCUAGGUUGGAUUACAACGCUGAACCUCCUGUCCAGACCAUUCUCGCCAAGGAUGUCCAUGGCGAGGUUUGGAAAUUUAGGCAUAUUUAUAGAGGGACUCCUCGUCGUCACCUGUUGACGACAGGAUGGAGUAAUUUUGUGAACCAGAAGAAGCUUGUGGCUGGGGAUUCGAUAGUGUUUUUCAGGGCAGAGAAUGGGGAUCUUCGUGUGGGAAUUCGAAGGGCUAAGAGAGGGACUGGUAACGGACUUGAAUACUCAUCUGGGUGGAAUCCGGUUGGUGGAAAUUGUAGCUCUUCAUCCGGGGGAUAUUCUGGUUUUUCUAGAGAAGAUGAGAGUAAGUUGAUGAGGAGAAAUUGUUCUGAUGGAGAUUUGAGGGGAAGGGUAAGGGCAGAAUCCGUUGUUGAGGCUGCAACUCUUGCUGCCAAGGGACAGCCUUUUGAGGUUGUUUACUAUCCGAGAGCAAGCACUCCGGAGUUCUGUGUGAAGGCCUCAGCUGUGAGGGCUGCUAUGCAGAUCCAAUGGUGUCCUGGAAUGAAGUUCAAAAUGGCAUUUGAGACUGAGGACUCUUCGCGGAUAAGUUGGUUCAUGGGGGCUGUGGCUUCUGUUCAGGUUGUUGACCCUAUUAACUGGCCUAAUUCUCCAUGGCGGCUUCUUGAGGUGACAUGGGACGAGCCGGACUUACUCCAGAAUGUUAAGCGUGUUAGUCCGUGGUUGGUUGAAUUGGUGACCAACAUACCAACACUCCAUCUGUCCCCCUUCUCGCCACCAAGGAAAAAGAUGCGGGUUCCACAACACCCGGAUUUCUCUCUACUGACCCAAGUCCCAGUGCCAUCAUUUUCGAGCAACACCCUCAGGUCCAGCAGCCCCUUGAGUUGUAUUUCAGACAUGAUACCUGCAGGCAUACAGGGAGCCAGGCAUGCUCAAUAUGGAUCAUCUUUUUCAGAUCUCUACUUCAACAAUCUGCAGCCGGGGUUGUUUCCAGUUGAUUUCCAGCAGCAGCAGCAGCAGCAGCAGCAGCAGCAGCUUGAUCAUGCUGCCCCACCUUCCAGAAGCAUCAAUGGCAAUUCUGUAAGAACCAGCAAAAUCAAUGAGAGUUUAUCUUGCUCGCUGACAAUAGGAAAUCCCACCAGUAGUUUGAAGGAGAACAGUGAAGUAAAGACACCGCACUUCUUUUUGUUUGGUAAACUUAUUCUAACUCAACCACAAAAUUGUGAAAGCUCUUCUGGGGAUACAAUGGGAAAUGGUUCGUUGGAUGGGAAUCUAGAGAAAACUACAAUUUCUUCUGAUGGCUCUGGUUCUGCAACAAAUCAGAUAGGUACACAGGAAAAUUCUUCGGAUGAAGGAUCUCCUUGGUGCAAAGAUGAUCAAAAAACUGAUGUUGGAUUCGAGGCAGAUCACUGCAAAGUAUUCAUGAAAUCUGAUGAUGUUGGUCGAAAUCUUGACUUGUCAGUCCUUAGUUCAUACCAAGAGCUGUAUGGAAAGCUUGCAAACAUGUAUGGCAUGGAAAAUUCGGAGAUGGUGGGCGCAGUGCUGUACCGAGAUGCGGCAGGUUGUCUUAGACAAACUGGCAAUGAACCCUUUAGCGUGUUCCUGAAGACAGCGAGAAAGCUAAUGAUUGUUCCGGAUUCAAGCAGUGACAAUGUAGGAAGGUAGAGAGAGAUGUAGGAGCAGUUCCGCCAUGAAAUUGUAAAUGCACCAAACUUGAUUCAGAUUUUUUCUUUUUUCUUUUCGACAUCAUAACUUUGCAGUUUGUUUCUUUUUGGGUGUUGUGGGAGAAGGAUAUUAUCUAUAUCAUCCAAUUUUUGGGCAUUUUAGCUUAGCUUGAAUUUUUAUUUCUUAAGACAAUAUUGUCUGUUCACGACAUAUUCUGUUAAUUGUAUCAAAAUCUCCUUGUGGGAA